AUGGCCUACCUGCUGUCUAAUGUCAUCCCCUUUCUUCGAAUAGCCUGGCCUCCCAGCCGCAGAACACCACAAAGAAACAGGGCUACUCAUAUGCAUCCCAAUGCCACACCGGGCAUGGCAGACUUGGAAGAGGAGCCAUCAUCCGAAGAAGAUUAUAUUUACGAUAUCAACAGCCAACUAGCAUCGGAAACCCAAGAGAACAAGGAUACAUCCACGGGACGGAUUCCGGGUGUAGCAACGCUCCUCAAUGAUGUGACUAUCGGACCUCCAUCUAGUCAAACAGUCAACCGAGCUACACCGAACUUCUAUAUCACUAGGCCAAACGGCGCGAAGGUUCCUCUGAUACCCUUGGACGAGCUACCCGAGGGCCUUAAGCUCGGAGACCAAGGCUGGUAUCAAAGCUGCUGGAUACGGUACAUGCAUCCCGUAUCUGGUGGCAGAUACCCAAGUUCAGGAACUUUUGUAGCAACCAUCAAAGGUGGCACACAGCUCAGUCGCAAGUGGUAUACUGUUAGAACACCAAGUGGCAGAGUGGAUAUCUUGAAGAAGCCGAAAGUCAUCCCACCGCUGCUUGAUUGUUGUGUGUGUGAAAAUACCAGGAGCAGUGAAAACGAUGUCGAUGUUCAAGCUCAGGACAACAGGCCAAAUUCGACCCAAUCACCUUUGCUGCCACAGAGAGCGGGAGAGCAAAUAGGACAACGAUACGGGACAUUCGCUCCACCUAACUCCUUGAACGUGAACCUACUUGAUUCUUCAAGCUCAAGUUCAGAAGAACAAACGGAUGGGGCCGGUCUCCCAAGGGAUCAGCAUUGGCUAACUCGUGAAAGAUCCGAAACGCCGCCGGGUGAAAGGCAGUUAAACGACGACGACGACGACCCUCCCAACGAUGAACCCGAAAUGCCGGGUGAUAGAAGUGAUAGCCAGUCUUGCGACAAUAAGCCCGACAGGCCGGAUGAUACAGAUGAUAGGCAGCAAGGCGGUCCCUCAAAUCCCAUAAGAUUC